AUGCCACAUUCACAAACCUCCAUGGACCACGACAUGCCAAUGCCCUCACAUCCAAUGCCGGAUGACACGUGCUCCAUGAAUUGGUGGCACGUUCGAUCCUUGAGUGGUUUCAUAGCAUCAUUAUUGAUCAUAAUAUUCCUUUCAGCCGGCUAUGAAUUUGCCAAGGGUUGGGUGGCCAAUUGGGAGAGAAACACACUUGCAACAAUAUCUGCCUCCUCAACUACUUCAAACGCCAACUCUAGCCAGCAGCGCAAGUUCAGAACGCAAAGAGGGGUCUUUUACGGAAUUCAAGUAUUUUAUUCGUUUUUCCUAAUGUUGGUGUUUAUGACUUACAAUGGAUGGUACAUGGUUGCAGUAGCCGUUGGUGCCGGCUUGGGUAAUUAUUUGUGGGGGAGCUCUGGUGAGAGGACCUUGGCAUGCCAUUGA